AUGUUUGUUUGCUGCGGAAAAAAGAAGAAGGAUCGGAAACAUGCUUCAUUAGGGAAUCUUCAUUAGUUAAAUUUAAUCUGUUAAGAUGGACUCUACUUCGAUAAGAAUCUUAAAAUAAUUACAGAAUUCAAUAAAACAAAUUUUUGUGAUACCCUAUAAGGAAACUGUAAAUAUUAUUGUCCAAUCUGCUUCAAAUAUUACGACUGUAUGCUCCAUACAACUUGCUGUUCCAAUUACGUCUGCCAUGUUUGUGCAGUGUAAUCUCUCGCCAAUAAAAUGUACAAUUGUCAUUAUUGUCGAAAUGAGCACUGCAAAUAUGUAGAUGUAGAUCCUGCACAUUAGUUAAAAAUAUACAUAGAUUCACAUACUAACUUAUGA